CGCGGACUUUGAUUGAAGUUCCAAAUCCAUAUUCAAACUUUAAGGUCCCGGAUGAAAGGGCAGGAAAGCAAUCCAUCAGCUAAGUACACUAUCCCAUCCCCACGAAAAGGCCAAGCUCCCCAUCCCCACAAUCUGCCGAGUAGAAGCACACGCGGCAUGAAUUUCGUUCGCGUUUGGCUGUGCAUGCAUGUGUGUGUAUGCUUGGCCACGGCAACCUCUCAUAUGUCUUUGCUAUCUUAUCUCGCCUACACCCCCGACCAUGAUCAACACUAAUUUAAUCAAGCCCCAACAUGCUUGGUAAGUGUCUUUCCCAACCAUAAUUUGUCGAUAAGUAUUGCUCACGCUCGGUACUAAUCUACUUACAUUCAUCUAAGUCAUGUCAACGUCCCGCUUUCGUAUUGACUGACCGACUCUCACUAGCCAAGAAGGUACUAAGUAGCGUACACACGAUUAGAUACGUGAAUUCUACUCGCUUCAGAGCUGAGCAUGCGAUGUUUAGUUUCUGGGGUAGCGACGUGUGAAGGUGGACGGGUGGUGGAGUGCCAGGUUUUAGUCCAACGCAAACCCCGCGUUUUCGCUUCCCCAAAUUAUUUCAAUUCUAGAUUUUGUUGGAAGAUGGGGGAGGUGGAAACCGGAGUUAUAAAGUAUUCCGUAUCCCCCGUCUAAAGAUGAGCAUUAUUUUUCUUUAUCGAUUGAUCUGGAAUUGGAUUGUUUUUCCUUCGAUUUUGAUAUAGAAUACUACCUCAUUUUGCAUUAUGGGACCUCAAAAUAUUAAUGCUGAGGAGAGAGCGAUUGGUGUGGAGUCGAGAGAUGAGAAACCUGGUGUCUUUCAUGAUGAGCAUUCGGAGCAUCUAAAUAAGGGUGCUCAUGCAAUUGCAGAGAGAGGUAAUGCAGCGACUGAUAGCCAUGGCCAGUCACUUGUUACAUUUGAUCCCGUUGCGGAAAGAAAGUUGAGAUUGAAGAUUGAUUUGAUGAUUGUUCCCACCGUGGCAUUAUUAUACCUAUUCUGUUUUAUCGACCGAGCAAAUAUUGGCAAUGCAAAAUUAGCAGGACUUGAGAAGGAUCUAAACAUGACGGGAUACGACUAUAACAAAGUCUUAUCUAUCUUCUAUAUCUCAUAUAUCAUCUUCGAAAUCCCGGCCAAUAUGGCUUGCAAAUGGAUGGGCCCAGGAUGGUUCAUCCCAGGAACUUCGUUAGCCUUUGGAAUUUGCUCUAUUGCCACUGCAUUCGUGCACAACAUCCACGCGAUCUCAGGCGUUCGUUUCCUCUUAGGUAUUUUUGAGGCAGGCAUGCUGCCUGGUAUCGCAUACUAUCUUUCCCGUUGGUAUCGCCGAUCUGAAUUGGCUUUCCGUCUAUCGUUGUAUAUUGUCAUGGCCCCAUUGGCUGGUGCAUUCGGAGGUUUGCUCGCCUCGGGGAUUCUAAAACUUCCCGGCUUCGGCUCACUUCACACUUGGCGAAUGCUUUUCGCCAUUGAAGGUAUCAUUACCUGUUGUCUCUCACUCAUUGCUUUCAUCACCCUGACCGAUCGCCCUGCCACCGCGAAAUGGCUCACACAAGAAGAGAAAGACCUCGCGAUCGCUCGUGUUAAAUCCGAGAGAGUUGGAGCUACCGAAGUCCUAGAUGCUUUCGACACUAAAAAGGUCCUCCGCGGUAUCUUCAGUCCAGUAACCAUCGCGACAUCCUUCAUUUUCCUCCUCAACAACAUCACCGUCCAAGGUCUUGCUUUUUUCGCCCCCACAAUCGUGAGGACUAUUUACCCCACAGCCACCGUUGUCUCUCAACAACUACACACUGUCCCACCUUACAUUGUCGGUGCAUUCUUUACAGUUCUUUUCCCAUUCCUCAGCUGGCGCUUCGAUCGACGCAACAUCUUUUUGAUCGCAAGCGCUCCCUUGAUGAUGUGCGGCUACAUCAUGUUCCUCGCCACCAGCGAUGCGCAAACCCGCUACGGAGCCACUUUCCUCAUCGCCAGCGGAGCCUUCUCUUUCGGCGCACUGUGCAAUGCUCAAGUUGCUGCUAAUGUAGUCUCUGAUACUGCACGCUCCAGCGCAAUCGGUACUACUGUCAUGAUGGGUAACAUUGGUGGUCUCGUUUCCACGUGGUCAUUUUUGCCGACUGACGCGCCGAAUUACCAUAUUGGAAAUGGACUCAAUCUUGCGACUGGAACGACGAUAUUGAUUUUGUCGAUUGCAUUGCUCUUCUGGAUGAAGAUGGAUAAUAAGAAGCGAGAAGCGAGAGAUGUGGAUGCGGAGUUGGAUGGUUUGAGUCAAAAGCAAAUCCAGGAUUUGGAUUGGAGACAUCCGGGAUUCAAGUGGAAGCCUUAAUUAGUUUGGAGGGAAAUUUGGUUGGCUUCUUGUAUUUUUUCAUUAUUAGCCAGGGUGUUCUUGAUUACACUGUAGUAGAUGACCAAUCACGAAUUUUAUUUAUAUUUUGAAAUGAAAUGCGAAAGGUAAGGUGCUAAAUGGUAAACGACACAAUGAACAUUCAUAUGGAAGAGGUUGUACAAAAGAUCAUGACUUUUAGCGUUCAGAACAAGAACCAAGGACGAAG